UUUCGGUGUGUUGUGGUGUUUUUGUUUUGUUUUUGUUUGUUUUCCCUUCCCCCGUGUGAGCAAGCAGCAGGUAACUGUACCCUCCUGUAGGUGGCGCAGUGCAGCUUUUGGAGGUCAAAGUUCAGCGUAGAAGAAGAAUGUCAUCCUGCUGUAACUGACUGUCCUGCUUGUUCUUUCUUCUGUUUUUGUCUCCUCGGGUUUUUAUCUUUGUGCGUCUGCUCCGCAGUUACAAACACAUCGAUCACAAGGCUUCCUCGGUUCACUAUUGGGAAUCCUAAUUUUUAACAGAAUAAUAAAUCAUGUUUCGAAGAAGACUGCCUUUCACACAGUUAGCCUUUGCCACAAUGCUCGGAGUUGCCGGUGGAAUUUACAUCUACAGACCUUAUUUCGAGACCGUGCCAAAGACAUCAGGACAGCAGAUCCAGGACAAGCCAAAGAAAGAGAAUGAAAGGGACUGAAGGAGUUCGAGAAAGUGGGAGGCUGCUGGACUGGAGGCCAAACAAAAAGACAAGAUCACCAUGGAUGAAGUCAUACUGAUUCCUACUGUUUGUGAUUUUUAAAUGUACAGAAUAAAUAUUUAAUAAUUUCA